UUAUCUCUUUUGUCUUAUGUUCUUUAGUCAAUAGAAAAUAAUAUUAACUCUAAUUGCUAAGCAAGUUCCAAUUAAGCCAAGUUACUACAAUUUAAUUUUUUAACGAAUAAUGGGUGAAUUGCAAGCAGGAAAAUCGCCGUUCAAGACAGAAAGUAAUUAUGAUAAUAACCUCAAAAUCUGGAGUGGUGGCGAAAGGCGGACUUUAUUUUCCACCGACUUGUCCAUCGGAGAGAUUAUCUUCCGGCAAAUGGAACGUCAUCCAAAACUCAUUGCUCAGAUUUCGGUCACGGAGGAAACUGUGCUGACCUGGGAAGAGCUCCAUAUGAACGCGAAGCGAGUGGCAAUUUAUAUGCGGAAGUUGGGCCUGGAGCAAGGUGACUUUGUGGGAAUCAUUGGCAGACUGACCACUCACUUGACGGCCGUGGCAUAUGCCUGUUUUUUCAAUGGAACCCCAUAUCAUGCCCUGCACACUGAAUACGAUGAGUCUACGAUUGAGAGACUUUUCGGAAUUAGCAGGCCACGACUGAUCUUCUGCGAUGGAGAUGAUUUUGAAAAAGUUCAAGCAGCCACGGAGGACCUCCAGAUACAAAUAAUUACAAUGCGCAAUCAUCCAGAAGGAUCGCUUCGGAUCCAGGAUAUUUUGAGAAUUCCUGUGGGGCAGAACUUUCAGCCAGUGCGAUUGAAAGAUGGCACUGAUCAAACCCUGGCCAUUCUUAGUUCUUCUGGUACCUCAGGAAAUCCGAAGGCAGUCACCAUCAGCAAUAGUCAGCAGAUUAUUGCGAGCUUUGUCCCAUUAAGCAGCUCUGAUAUCUUAUAUAAUCCAAACACACUGGACUGGGCCUCGGGCAUUACGAUGACCGUUAAUGCUGGAGUGUUCAGUACAACGAGCAUUAUUGAAGACAGUGGCUUCAAUCCUGGUGCUCUGUGUAGCCUAAUUAAGAAGUAUAAAAUAUCGUUUGUGUUUUUAAGUUCUUCCCAAUUGGCCAUGUUGGCCAACUGCCCGGAAUUCGAGUCGGCUGACCUAUCUUCUCUAAGGUUCCUAACCUACGGCGGAUCCAACUGUUCGCUGGACGUUCAGAAGCAAGUGCGAAGGCGUUUAUGCCGCGACUGUCUUAAUUUUAGUUAUACGCUGACUGAGUUGAACGGCCCCGGAUGUAUGAACUUCAACUUCGAUGAGAAACCCAAUUCAGUUGGCCGUCCGGUAAGGGGCAUCAAGGUAAAGAUCAUCGACAAACAGGGCGUAGCCCAGGGACCUAAUAACUUGGGUGAAAUCUGCAUCUAUAAUGGACAAAAUUGGUCUGGCUACUAUAAGAACCCGGGGGAAACUAAAAAAAUGCAGGAUUCCAAGAACUGGUUUCACACUGGAGACCUGGGCUACAUGGACGAGGAUGGCUAUCUAUUCAUUAUUGAUCGCCUAAAGGAUAUGCUCAAAUACCAGACCAUUAUGUACUAUCCCAGCGAGAUCGAGAAUGUCAUCGCAGAAAUGCCGAACGUGGUCGAAGCUUGUGUCUUUGGCAUAUGGGACCCAGUAAAUGGCGACGAGGCAGCAGCCUCUGUGGUAAAGAAACCGGGCACUCAACUUGAGGCCCAGGAGGUUGUCGACCAUGUUAAGAAGCGUAUCACCACCAAAUUCAAGCAGUUGAAUGGAGGCGCUUUAAUCGUAGAUCGAAUUGUUCAGAGUGGAAAUAGAAAAACAAACAGGGCAGCCACAAAAGCUGAAUUUAUAAAAAUAAUGAAGAAAAAUACGCUCUAAAAAUAUGUAUAUUAUCAGGUUAACACCUAAGCAUGUGUUCAUAAGUGUCCUAUUUAUUAAAUUAAUUUAUAUACUACGUUAUACAUAUAGCUUAAAGUUUCAUCAAUUUGUGCCAAUUGUAAUUCAAAUAGCUAUAAAUCCGAAUAGAAAAAAAUUGUCUAAAAGUGUAAAAGAAAAUGGUUUGGCUAAGCUUUUUAAUUGUUACUAAUAAAUGUUUUAAAAGUGCAAAAAAAAAUUUAAA